CCGGCGCGGCGGCUCCCCAUUCGGCGUCACUCCGGAGCCGCUCCGCUUCCUCCUUUUCCCGAGGGAGGAGUUUGCUCGCUCUCUCUCUCUCUCUCCCAGCCCCGAAGAGGGAGUCACGGGUCCGGACAAGGGCUGGCCAAGGGGGGACGGGGCAGGGCGGAGCCCGGCAGGGAAAAGGAGGAGAAAGCGGCCCCAGAGGAGAGGCGAACGGGGGACGCGGAUUCGCUUCGGCGGCGUAUAAACGCUUCUCUUCCCGGCCCGCGAUGGAGCUGCCCGCCGUGAACUUGAAGGCCAUCGUCCUGAUUCACUGGCUGCUGACCACUUGGGGCUGCAUGAUGCCGUGGGCCCCUAUUUCUUACUCGUGGGGCAAUUUUACCAUCCUUGCCUUGGGCGUCUGGGCAGUGGCUCAGCGAGAUUCUGUUGAUGCCAUACUCAUGUUCCUCACCGGCUUGCUGCUGACGAUCGUCACCGACAUCAUUCACUUAGGGCUGUUCUACCCACAUGAUGUAGAGGGCAUGGGGGACACCGUGCGCUUCUCCGUCGGCAUGGCCAUCUUCAGCCUCCUCUUGAAGCCGGUGUCUUGCUUCUUGGCCUACCAGAUGUACCGGGAGAGAGGUGGAGAAUACACUUUCAACGUUGGCGUGCUCAGCGUUAGGCAGGAUCGUAGUGCCUACCAGACCAUCGACACCCCGGAUCCGCCCUCUCCCUACCCAGAUGUGGCCAGCAAAGCUCCCCCACCUCGCCUGUAUUGAGUGGCUUCUGCCUGGAACGAACUCAGAAAAACCAGGCCCUUGCUUGGGCAUGCGUGGAAAACACACACCGUUUCCCUCCGUCGGUUCCAGACUGGUUUCUUGUAAUUCUUUUAUUUCCCAGCUAAAUUUGUCUCUCUGCCGUUACAGCCUGCCUGAUGGGGGGAGGCCAGAUCAGAAGACUGCUGUAUGGAAAGGGAGCUUAAGGGGUUACCCGAAAGGAACUUGGGAAGGCGUCGGUUUCGCGGGACACCCAUAUGGGGUGGUGCUGGGCAGAGAGGCUUAAUGCCUGAGCCAGGAUUUAACGGUGGGUCGCUCGCUCUCAAGGGGUGACUCACUUUGUCUGAGCCAAAGGGAUGAGGGCAUCUUGAUUCCCGUCGUCAAGAUCUCUGCUGUGAUUAGCCACAGGAAUGCCUGGAUGGCCCUAAAGGUGUCGAUGCGACGGUCAUCUCUUUUUUGAAAACCUUUUGCCCGAAAAUACACAGCUUCCCUCCCUGCAGGGUCGUCGUUUUGUUUGCUACAGGGUUUCUCUCCCCCCCCCACCCUUUAAAGAGAAUUUAUGAACCUUUUAAAUAAAACAUUUCACACACA